ACCAAAUGAAAACAACAGAAAAGACAAAUGAAAACAACAGGCAAACCAAAUGAAAACAACAGACAAGACAAAUGAAAACAACAGGCAAACCAAAUGAAAACAACAGGCAAGACAAAUGAAAUCAACAAGCAUACCAAAUGAAAACAACAGGCAAACCAAAUGAAAAUAACAGGCAAAAAUUAAGACAAAUGAAAACAACAGGCAAAGCAAAUAAAAACAACAGGCGAACCAAAUGAAAACAACAGACAAAACAAAAGAAAACAACAGACAAAACAAAAGAAAACAACAGGCAAACCAAAUGAAAACAACAGACAAAUCAAAUGAAAACAACAGGCAAACCAAAUGAAAACAACAGGCCAAACAGAUGAAAACAACAGGCAAAACAAAAGAAAACAACAGGCAAAACAAAUGAAAACGACAUGGAAGACAAAUGAAAACAACAGGCACACCAAAUCGGAAAACAUCAGGCAAAAGAAAAGAAAACAACAGGCAAAACAAAUAAAACACAUGGCAAAAUUAUUGAAAAUUAAAAUUUACCAUGGAAACAGUUGCAAAGUUGUUCCGAGUCAAAACGACCGGCGCUUUUGUAAGAAAAAAACAAAAAAACACCCCAUGCUGGGAAGGAAACCUUUGGACUAUUGUGUUCCUAGUAUUUCCAACCUAGUUAUUGAACUGUACUGUGUGUAAUAGAUGACUACUUGUAGAAUAUGAUUUCUUAUUAUAUAAUUACAAAAUAUAUUGUGC